UGCAGGUUCCGCGGAGAGGAGGCGCAUCGGCUCGUGACGGCGGAUGAAAUAAUUGAUUGUGUUUAUUAGAAUAAAGAGAAUAAAGUGAAGAUGGUGUAUCACUCGGUAGCGCUGCCGCUCAUCUGCUUCACCACACUGUGGGCUUUAGUCGGAGGCGUCGCGCCGUUUUUUGUUCCUAAAGGACCGAACAGAGGUGUGAUCAUUACCAGUCUGGUGCUGACGGCUGUGUGCUGCUAUUUAUUCUGGUUGGUUGCAUUCCUGGCACAGGUGAACCCUCUGUUCGGGCCGCAAUUGAAGAACGAGACCAUCUGGUACCUGCGGUACUACUGGGAAUAAAACUGAGGAGUUUAUUGGCUGUAUGCUGACGUCAUUCCCUCGUUCACUCCCUGUACGACGUUCCCUCCUGUGAUGUGACUGAACACACCUCAGCGAGGCUUCAGCGCUGUUUCACUCAAGUGUUUUAUUUAUGUUUGUUUUAUUUCUGAAGGAUCGGUGAUGUGAAUAUGUGUGUGUGUGUGUGUGUGAGAGAGAGAACAGUGACAGUGUUGUGUGCAAUAUUAGUUUAGAGAAACUACUUGAAUGUUUAUAUUCCCCUCUCUCUCUCUCUCUCUCUCUCUCUCUCUCUCUCUCUCUGUGACCAACCUGUAGUGUAUUUACGUAGAGUUAUAUUUGUUUAUUUAUUACAUUAUUUUAUUUUUUGUGAAUGCUAAAUGAUUUCAUGUUGUUACUAUGUGAUGAAUUGUUCAGUAAAAGAUGACGAUAUCUGCACGGUUUCAGAUUUCCUUUCCCCGCAUAUUAACACUAACACUCGUCCCUGUAAACACUCCUUCAUUCCCCGUUCAGUCAUUCCUCGCAGAGUUUAAGGAGUUCAGUUUGCCGUCUAUGUAACUCUGGGUGUUUAUUCUUUUAUUUUUACUCUUCUAUCUGGCUGUUGUUGUUGACAGACUUUUAGUUUAACAUCAUUUUGAAGGUUAAGGAUUAAACUCUCGGUCUGAUUGGCGCUGACGGAGUUUCAGAUCUCUAUGGAAAUGACUCGGAUUUAGGAUCAUUAUCGUGUAUACACUGCUGAUGUCUCUGUAAAACACUGAAUAAAAUCAGGAUGGAUCACA